CCGAUAAGCACGAAGGCGGUAAAUUUUUUUCAAAAGUUGAGAAAAAUCCCACAAGUUGGCCCCCGCCGCGACCACAGCGAAAAGGCGGACUCGGAGUUUGCGACGGACGGCAAAAAAAAAAAAAAAAAAAGGCACAUCCAACGCAGCACUCGAAGACGCUGCGCACCCCAAUUCGCCCACCAUGAAGACGACUUGGAAAGACAUCCCGCCGGUGCCGACGUCGCAGGAGUUCCUUGACAUCGUCCUGAGCCGCACGCAGCGCCGCCUGCCCACCCAGAUCCGCGCCGGCUUCCAGAUCAGCCGUAUCCGGAAUUUCUACACGCGCAAAGUCAAGUUCACCCAGGAAACCUUCUCGGAAAAGUUCGACGCGAUCCUCUCGUCCUUCCCCCGGAUCCAGGACCUGCACCCCUUCCACAAGGAUCUGCUCAACACCCUGUACGAUGCCGAUCACUUCAAGGUGGCCCUGGGCCAGGUCUCGACGGCCAAACACCUGAUGGAGACCAUCUCGAGGGACUACGUCCGCCUGCUCAAGUACGCACAAUCGCUGUACCAGUGCCGCCAGCUCAAGGUCGCCGCCCUGGGUCGCAUGGCCACCAUCUGCAAGAAGUUGAAGGACUCUCUUGUUUACCUGGACCAAGUCCGCCAGCAUUUGGGCCGUCUGCCCUCGAUCGACCCCAACACGCGCACACUCCUCAUUGCCGGUUUCCCCAAUGUCGGAAAGUCGUCCUUCUUGAAGAGUGUCACCAGGGCCGAUGUUGAUGUUCAGCCUUAUGCCUUUACUACCAAGAGUCUUUUCGUCGGUCACCUGGACUACAAGUAUCUCAAGUUUCAAGUGAUUGACACUCCAGGGAUCCUGGACCAUCCCCUGGAGGAGAUGAACACUAUUGAAAUGCAGAGCAUCACGGCCAUUGCCCACUUAAGAUCAGUGAUCCUUUACUUCAUGGAUCUCUCGGAGCAGUGUGGCUACUCGGUGCAGGCUCAGAUGCAGCUCUUCAGGAGUAUUAAGCCCCUUUUCGCCAACAAGAUCGUCUUCAUCGUUGUCAACAAGAUCGACGUGAUGAAGCCCGAAGAUCUCGAUGCCGAAACGCAGGAGGAACUCCAGACACUGCUUAAGCUCGACGGCGUUGAGAUGCUCCAGCUCUCGUGCAGCACGCAGGAGGGUGUUCAAGCGGUCAAGAACGCUGCCUGCGAGAGGCUCAUUGCCGAGCGGGUGGCGCAAAAGCUGAAGGCGGGCACAACCUCGAGCGGCGCCGCGGGCGGUCGUCUCGCCGAGGUGAUGACCAGGAUCCACGUGGCCCAGCCCAUGGGUGGCUCCAAGCUUGAGACCUUCGUCCCUGAGGGCAUCAAGAACCUGAAGAAGUACGACAAGAGCGAUCCCGACCGCCCGAUGCUCGCCCGCGAUAUCGAGGAGAUGAACGGAGGAGCCGGUGUGUACAAUGUGGACCUGAGGGAGAAGUGGAUUCUGGAGAACCCCGAGUGGAAGCACGACAAGAUCCCCGAGGUGUUCGACGGCAAGAACGUUUACGAUUACAUCGACCCCGAGAUCGAGGCCAAGCUGGCGGCUCUGGAGGAGGAGGAGGAGAAGCUCGAGGCAGAGGGCUACUACGACGAGGACGAGGAGAUCGAGGACGACGAGGAGGAGGAGGUUCUCGCCAAGGCCGAGCUCAUCCGCGAGAAGCAGGCGCUGAUCAGGAACGAGGCCAAGAUGAAGAAGUCGCUCAAGAACCGGGCGAUAAUCCCACGCAAGGCGGCCAAGAAGUCGCUGUCGCAGAUGGAUGACGCGCUGGACCAGCUCGGCGUGGACACGACCGACAUCACGGCGCGCGCCAGGUCGCAGUCCCGCGCCAGGGGCCGGUCGCUCACGCGCAGCCGCCUGGGCACCGAGGAUGGCGACGCCAUGGAUCUCGACGGGGGCGCCGCGUCGGCACGCGAGCGGCUCCGGUCGCGCAGCAGGGCCCGCAGCCAGCCGGCGACGGACCGCCGGAACGACGGUGUGCUGGACGAGGCUGCCCGCGCCGCCGCAGAGAGGCAAGCCAAGCUGGGUCAGCGCAAGAUGAACAGGAUGGCGCGGCAGGGUGAGGCCGACAGGCACUCCACGGCCUCGCUCACAAAGCAUCUGCUCGCGGGCAAGCGUGGAAUGGGCAAGACCUCACGCCGUUGAUUCACGACUUGAUGCCUCCUUUGUUGGGUUCUAGGCGGAGUUUUGGCGUUUGGUCUGUAGCAUGGACAAUUUCCCAGCUGUUUUACACCAAUGAUGAUAAUGCCAAAAAGUUCACCUUUGCGUCGACAGAUUUAUGCGUCCGGCGCACAUUGCUUGGGGUUGCGCGAACCGUUUGAAGAGCCCAGGGCAAAAUAGGGGGCAGCGGGGGGAGCCUGGGUCCUGUAGAUCAAGUCCAUACCCCGACGAGGUUGGUAUCUAGGCACACAUGUGAUAUAGGAGCUUGAGCUCUCUGUAAAUCAAAGUCGACAAGUGUUGAAUCCUCGGUACGGGCAGGCGUUGGUGCAAAACUUAGGUAGACCACGAGGGGACAAGCCGAAUGCGGCAGGAUUCAAGUAUAAUCUUUUACAUAAAGAUAUAGAUGUGUCUCCCG